AGUAGUAAUAUUAAAAUGCAUACACCCAAACCGCAAGGCAAUUCCAUUUCUUAAGCAACACCGCCUUCCCCCGCCGUAGGGGUUGGCAUCCACCGUCUCCGCCGCCGCCGGCCUGCAUUAUGUCUCUUCCACCUCGUCCAUCGCCUCAAACACCGACGCCGCCCGGUCCACCUCGGGCGACGUCCUCCUUGUACAAACAGAACUCCUGGUCCCCCGACUCCCUCCGCGAAGAGGCGUGGCAGCGGCAGAGGAACCGCCGCGAUCGGCGGAGCAGGAGCGUCACCGACGAAGAUCUGGACGAAAUCAAGGCCUGUAUAGAGCUCGGAUUUGGUUUCGGCUUCGAUUCGCCCGAAAUCGACCAGCGGUUGUCCGACACUUUCCCGGCGUACGGCCUCUACUACGCCGUCAACAAACAGUACAGCGACGCCGCUUCGAAACCUCCAUGGCCGUCGCCGUCUCCCGUCGGCAGCCCGCACACCAUUUUCGGGCCGGGAGACAAUCCAGAGACGGUUAAAACAAGGCUGAAGCAAUGGGCGCAAGUGGUGGCCUGCGCCGUCCGGCAAUCUCCGAGCUGAUCGAUCCAAACUCCAUUUUUCCCCAAAUCGAAACAAGGUGAGCCAAACAGCAACCUAUCAUCAUCUUAAUUCCUAAUUCGACGCCACUGUUGUUCUUCCGUGACCUCCUCAGAUUCAACAUAUUGAUUUGACUCCAAUUUCUGUACUGUUUGUUUGAUUUCGAUUGUUCAUCACUUUGCUGAACAUCGUGAUGAUUCGUCCGUCUGCAUAUAUCGUUGUGCUUAGGGCUAAGAAUUUGGAAUUUUGUAAGGGUUGGAGAAUGGGUGGAGGCAGGUGGUAACUGUAACUCCGUAAAAUGCCAAGAACUGGCAGUCAUUUGUAUACAGUAAUUUUGUUUGUUAUUUUGAAUUUUAUUUAUUGUUGUCUCAGAUUUUUA